AUGGCUCAUCACAUUACAUUUCUUUGGAUAGUUCUUGUUCUGCUUCUUCAGAAUUUUGUAUUAGCUGAAGAUGGGGAAAUAAGAUCAAGUUGCCGGACGGCUCCAACAGACUUAGUUUUCAUCUUAGAUGGCUCUUACAGUGUGGGCCCAGAAAACUUUGAAAUAGUGAAAAAAUGGCUUGUUAAUAUCACAAAAAACUUUGACAUAGGACCCAAGUUUAUUCAGGUUGGGGUGGUUCAGUAUAGCGACUACCCUGUGCUGGAGAUUCCCCUGGGAAGUUAUGCUUCAGGAGAGAAUUUGAUAGCAGCCAUGGAGUCCAUCCAUUACUUAGGAGGAAACACGAGGACCGGAAAGGCCAUCCAGUUUGCACUGGAUUACCUUUUUGCCAAAUCCUCACGAUUUCUGACCAAGAUAGCAGUGGUGCUUACGGAUGGCAAAUCCCAAGAUGAAGUCAAGGAUGCGGCAGAAGCAGCAAGAGACAAUAAAAUAACACUGUUCGCCAUCGGCGUUGGAUCAGAAACAGAAGAUGCGGAACUCAGAGCCAUUGCCAACAAGCCUUCCUCAAAAUACGUCUUCUAUGUGGAGGACUAUAUCGCCAUAUCCAAAAUAAGGGAAAUAAUGAAGCAAAAGCUUUGUGAAGAAUCUGUCUGUCCAACACGAAUUCCUGUGGCAGCUCGCGAUGAGAAGGGUUUUGAUAUUCUUUUAGGUUUAGGUGUAAAGAAAAAGGUUAAGAAAAGAAUUCAGCUCUCACCAACAAAGAUAAAAGGAUAUGAAAUAACAUCAAAAGUUGAUCUAUCAGAAUUUACAAGCAAUGUUUUCCCAGAAGGUCUUCCUCCAUCCUAUGUAUUUGUUUCUACUCAGAGAUUUAAAGUCAAGAAAGUGUGGGAUUUAUGGAGAAUAUUAACCAUUGAUGGAAAACCACAAAUAGCAGUUACCUUAAAUGGUGUGGACAAAACAUUAUCAUUUACAACAACCAGUGUAAUUAAUGGCUCACAAGUGGCCACCUUCACUGACCCUCAAGUUAAGACAUUAUUUGAUGAAGGCUGGCAUCAAAUUCGUCUCUUAGUAACAGAGCAAGAUGUAACUCUGUUUAUUGAUGAUCAACAAAUUGACAAUAAGCCCUUACAUCCAGCUUUAGGGAUCUUCAUCAGUGGGCAAACCCAAAUUGGAAAAUACUCUGGGAAAGAAGAAACUGUUCAGUUUGAUGUCCAAAAGUUGCGAAUCUACUGUGACCCAGAGCAGAACAACCGCGAGACAGCAUGUGAGAUUCCUGGAUUUAAUGGAGAGUGCCUUAAUGGUCCCAGUGACGUAGGUUCGACUCCAGCUCCCUGUAUCUGUCCUCCAGGAAAUCCAGGACUACAAGGUCCCAAAGGUGACCCUGGACUGCCUGGGAACCCUGGCUACCCUGGACAACCUGGUCAAGAUGGUAAGCCUGGAUAUCAGGGAAUCUCAGGAUCACCAGGUGUUCCAGGACCUCCAGGAAUGCAAGGCUCUCAAGGACUACCAGGUUACAAAGGAGAACCAGGGAGAGAUGGCCAAAAGGGUGACCGUGGACUUCCUGGUUUUCCUGGGCUUCAUGGAAUGCCAGGAUCAAAGGGUGAAAUGGGCCCCAAAGGAGAUAAAGGAUCCCCGGGAUUUUAUGGCAAAAAGGGAAGUAUAGAUCACAAAGGUGCAAAAGGUGAAAAGGGGAAUGCUGGUUUUCCUGGCCUUCCUGGACGUGCUGGAGAACCCGGAAGACAUGGAAAAGAUGGAUUAAUGGGUAUUCCUGGUUUCAAGGGAGAAGCAGGAUCCCCAGGUGCACCAGGGCAGGAUGGACCACGGGGAGAGCCUGGAAUCCCAGGAUUUCCUGGAAACCAAGGAUUAAUGGGCCAAAAGGGAGAAAUUGGACCUCCAGGACCACUAGGAAAAAAAGGAGCUCCAGGGAUACCAGGUUUGAUGGGAAGCAGUGGCUCACCAGGUCAGCCUGGCACACCAGGAUUGAAGGGAAGCAAAGGUGAGCCUGGACUUCAAGGAAUAACUGGACCUUCUGGGCUCAAGGGAGAACCAGGAGCAAGAGGUCUCCCAGGGGAACCUGGAUAUACAGGCCUACCGGGAAUUCAAGGAAAAGCGGGGGACAAAGGAAAUCAAGGAGAAAAAGGCAGUCAGGGACAGAAAGGAGAAACUGGAAGACAAGGGAUUCCUGGGCAACAGGGAGUUCAAGGCCAUCAUGGUGCAAAAGGAGAGAGAGGUGAAAAGGGAGAACCUGGAAUCAGAGGUGCCAUUGGACCGAAAGGAGAAUCUGGGGUGGAUGGCCUGAUGGGGCCUGUGGGUCCUAAGGGGCAGCGUGGGGAAGCGGGUCCUCAGGGACCUCCAGGAUUGGAUGGAAAGCCUGGAAGAGAAUUUUCAGAACAGUUUAUUCGUCAAGUUUGCACUGAUGUGUUAAGAGCUCAGCUACCAGUCUUACUUCAGAGUGGCAGAAUUCAAAAUUGUGAUCACUGCCAAUCUCAGCGUGGUUCCCCAGGUGUUCCUGGGCCACCUGGUCCCAUAGGCCCUGAAGGUCCCCGAGGAUUUCCUGGAUUGCCAGGAAGAGAUGGUGUUCCUGGACUAAUAGGUGCCCCUGGACGUCCUGGUGCCAGAGGACUAAAAGGCCUACCAGGGAGAAAUGGGGCAAAGGGGAGCCAAGGGUUUGGGUAUCCUGGAGAGCAAGGUCCUCCUGGUCCCCCAGGUCCUGAGGGUCCUCCUGGAAUAAGCAAAGAAGGUCCUCAAGGAGACCCAGGAAUCCCUGGCAAGGAUGGAGAUCAUGGGAAGCCUGGAAUCCAAGGGCAGCCAGGCCCCCCGGGGAUCUGUGAUCCAUCGCUGUGUUUUAGUGUGAUUGUUGGAAGAGAUCCCUUUAGAAAAGGACCAAACUAUUAG